UAGACCAGCCUUGGCAACAUCAAGGCACAUAUGGUGGUAACUCUAAAACAUAUAAAUAGAUUCUGUGUGCAAAAAAUCGGUAUUUAUGGAAUAAAGAAGUAAAUAAUAAUACAAAAGUUAACCGAAUAGAGCGCGGCAGCAGCGGCGCCCCACCAGAAUGUCAAAGUCAAGUGCAGCACGCUGGGUAAAGUUCUUCAAUGCGGCCGGCAUACCAUCGCCAGCCGCUGCCGGCUAUGCGCACAUCUUCGUGGAGAACCGAAUCCAGGACGACAUGCUACUGGACAUCAACAAGGAGUAUUUGCGGGAGAUGGGAAUUACCCUUAUGGGUGACAUAAUCGCCAUCCUACGGCACUCAAAGAACGUCUGCGAGCAGAAUGCUCGCGACCAAGUCCUGACCACCGACGUAGCCCAUAAUGCUGUGGUGUCCGGCCCAGUAACGCCGAAAGUAAAAACAUCGACACCCUUAAGUGCUACGGCCAAAUCUAAAACAUCGCCGCCAGCUAAGCCGGCGCGGCGUGUUUUGCCGGAGCAUGAAGGCAAAUACAAGAUUACUCUUCCUUCGGGCACCACAGAACGCAGCAAAGAGAUCCUGGCCAAGCGGGAAAAACUGUACUCGGACCGUGUGAGCAGCUCUAAGAAGUCCGAUAUAUUCUCACGACUACACAAGCCUUCCAAAGAGGACGAAGCCCAGGAAGGCAUCGUCUCCAGUUCCGGCGAGAGCAGCGUUCGCGUUCACAUAACCGGAGUAAACAAAUUGGUCGAUGCAUCCAGCAAUAAUUCGGUAUUUGCUCGUCUGGGUGGCAAGCAAUCAAAGCUGCCGGCGGAGGCUAAUCUUACCAAGGAGAUCAAGUCAAUACUAAAGAACACCCAGCGAUCUGGUGUUACCAAGAACUCGUCCAUCGUUAAGGCAAAGAACGUUGCCGCUUCUAGCACAAAGACACAACAGAAGGUAAUGCUUGUGCACAAGGUUCCGCUAAAGCGGGGAGACGAUGAGGACGACAGCAUGGACGAAGAUCGGAGUGACGGCGAGGAUUAUAUUUCCAGCGGGGAUAGCGAUGAGAUGGAUAUGGCGGUGGGUGAGAAGAUUGUGAAGUUUGCCUCUACAGCGGAAGUGCGGGAGAUCGCUCCCGAGACGUCCUACAAAGCAAGACAUGGAAAGAAUCUGGCAAACAACAUCAAAACUAGGCUAGGAUUGGUAUCCAAACUUCAUGCUACCAAGAAGACUUAUAAUUUGAAGGCAUCUCCUACGAAGAAAGGGACACAGGCUCGCUUUAGUCCCGUCAAGGGAAAAUCCAUUCGAAUGCGCAGCGAAGAGCUGUUCAACAGACAUGACAACUUGCCCGUGCACAGGAGGCUUGGCAAUAACUCCAGCUCAGCUCCUUCUCGGGCUCCACCAGCACCGCCCAAUCGUCAGCAGCGGCCAGAGCAACAAUAUAAGAAAUAUACCGGCCCCCGACGGCACAACAGCAUGAACGCUGGCCAUACCAAGCCCCGCGGCGCAUCUGGGUCUGUUUUCGACCGUUUGGGCUUCAAUAACUCUAUGUAAAAUACCUAUAAGUGACGUGUCCCCUUAAAUUGUGUUAAGUUCAAUGCUAUUAAUUAAUUUUGCGAGUAAAUGUUUGAAUUGACUUAGAGAA